UGAUGUAUUUACCUCUUCCUGACCUUUUAGAUAAUGGAGUUUCCUACACUAGACAGGAUAUCAAGCACACUCCCUUUAUAUAUACAAGUUUUGACUCUGGGUUAACCCUGAGCUAUGGAGCAGGAGAACUUCAAACCUCCAACUUAGAUCCAGGAAGUGAACCAACAGAGCAGCUAAACCUUACUGCCAGCUGCUCCAGGAGUAACUAUGAGCUGUUUACAGAUCAUUUAACAGCUGAACUAAUAGAAAACUGCUCUUGGACAGAGACAGAGGAUCCUCCACCAGUCUAUCAUAUCUCAACACUGAAUAUAUCUCCAGUAACAGAACCAUUCUAUAUAGACCAGAGUUCUUUGGAGCCUGAAGAUGAAGCAAGAGGAACCAACAUCCUAGAUUUAAACAAAGAAAAUAAGAUAUUUAACAAAGAAGAAAAGGUCUUAAAUACAGAAGAAAAAGAUUUAAAGAAAGAAGAAAAAUUUGUCCUCAAAGGAGAAAAGAAGAAACUUUGUGUGACGGAAGAAGAAAUACAGAAAACCUUAUUGAAACUUAGACCUUUACCUGUUAGUGAUGGGGACAAGAUUCCCCCUUGCAGAACUCCGAAGGAUUCUCUCGUCUCAUUUAUAGAAGAAUAUCUCUUAAACAAUGUGUCAUGUUUAGCAGAAGCAAUAGCUCAGGAGUUCACAGAUAAAAGAGAAAAUAAAAUAAAAUUAGGUUCAAAUAAUACACAAUCAAUACCACAUGGACCAUCCAAGCCAACCAAGUCAUUGGACGAAGAAUUCAAAGAUUGCUUUGAUGCUUGGAACGUGGACACAGCUUCAGAACCGGUUUUUGGAUUAUGGCGGGAUCCUGGAGAGUCUGCCAUCUUGGCGGAUUAUCAACUGAACAAAUCCAGUUCUCAACUUCCGGUUUCAUGGUCCAGUGUAAAGUACUCUAAACAUAUCUGCUCAGUUAAAUGUCCAAAGUCUAGAAAACGAAAAAUUGAUUGAAUCCAAAGUUUUUAAAUGAAUUGAGUCUUAGGCACAAACUCUGAAUUUAUAAUCCCUAUAUCUUUGGAAU